CCCCUGUUGUCCCAGGAGUACAUCCAGAAGUUGAUGCCGCCGCUCAUCCAGAAGUGGAACGAGCUCAAGGAUGAGGACAAGGACCUUUUCCCGCUGCUGGAGUGCCUGUCCUCGGUGGCCACGGCCCUGCAGAGCGGGUUCCUGCCCUACUGCGAGCCCGUUUACCAGCGCUGCGUCACCCUGGUCCAAAAAACCCUGGCCCAGGCCAUGAUGUACAACCAGCACCCCGAGCAAUACGAAGCCCCCGACAAGGAUUUUAUGAUCGUGGCCCUGGACCUGCUGAGCGGCCUCGCCGAGGGGCUCGGGGGCCACGUGGAGCAGCUGGUGGCCCGUUCCAACAUCAUGACGCUGCUUUUCCAGUGCAUGCAGGACACGAUGCCCGAGGUGCGGCAAAGCUCCUUCGCCCUCCUGGGCGACCUCACCAAGGCCUGUUUCGUGCACGUCAAGCCCUGUAUCGCUGAAUUCAUGCCCAUCCUGGGCACCAACCUGAACCCCGAGUUCAUCUCCGUCUGCAACAACGCCACCUGGGCCAUCGGGGAGAUCUGCAUGCAGAUGGGUGAGACCCACCAAAAACCGGGCUGA